CUAAUGAUUUCUUCGUAUUCUUCUUCGUUUCCAUAAACUGUGCAAGUUAAUUGUUGAAAAGGGACUGUUGUUGUUGUUGUCGGUACUAGCUGAUUGUUAUCCGCCGUGAAAGCGUUACUACAUACUAUGUUGUAACGUGAUCGGAUAACGUAACGUUGAACAUUUGAGAAAUGAUGAUAGUGCUUUUGUUGUGUGUCAUCAUGAAAAUAGCUGAAUUCUCCGUGGGCCGGAUGAGCCCGCCAUUGGAAACGCCUGCACGACCGCCAUUCUUUUACCGGGGCAAACGAAAGGGACAACAAGAAGGGAAAUAUUAUCGGAUGCCCGGCCGCAAAUGCAAUUGCUUCGUGUACAAUCGUGCAGGCAAAGGGGCUGCAGUGAUGGAAGAUCCACAAACACCUGGAUCUGAUUGCAAUUCCAAUCCUGCCACAGAUUCCAUACAACAUGACUUGAUUGGUUCAGAAUUUGUGCAGGAUAAUGUGGAAUAUCAGUGGUUCAUUGAUUAUGGCUACAGAGAUGGAGGACUUCAUAUUCAUCCUAGUGUAUUAUCCUCGCUCUCUGCUUCAUAUUCCCGGGAGGAUUUGGGUUACUAUGAUGAUCUUUCCCGUAAUCUGGAUGCUAACUUGGCUGAAAUUGAUAUGGAAAGUUUUCGUACAGCAGACAUUCAUACUUUGCUUACAGCUUUGCCUGUAAUGUGCACAGACCCAGUUCAGCAUUCAGAGUUUAACUAUCAAAGGGAACGAUAUGCCAGUAUAUCUGGAUCUGUUAUGGAAAAGCUUGACAUCGGUUCAUCUAUCAGCCCUCAUACUAGCAGCCAGGGAGAAGAUUCAGCCUGUUCAACGACAGACACAAUCUCCAUUUGCAAGUCGUCGUUGCUCUUUUCUCCCCUGAAAGAGACACCCGUACUACCACCAGGGGGUAGUUACAGCGUUGACUCUCUGGACUGCGAAGACAUGUUACUAACAUGCCAAGUGAACAACAAAGAUAACUACACAAUUGCCUUCGAGGGUAGUAUCACAAUGUAUUCGGAUGGCUCUCAAGAUUUUGAAAAUCAAGAGAAGCAGAAAAAUUAUGAAGCAACAGAAACAUAUUAUAAUAGGAACACGGACUUGAAAAAUGUAUUAGAUUUAUCAAUGGCAUGUUCUGAUUCUAAAAUUUAUACCACAUGGAGUAAUUUAAAGCAUUCUUCCAUGAACAAAAUCAUGACUCGUCAUCCAUCAGGCAAUAACAAUACUAUACCAGAAUUUUUACAAGGUGUCGGCGGGAAUAUUUCUGGGACAAAUAAAAGAAGUCAGAGUUUGCCGGACCUUACUAAGGCUACGCAAUUACAGCACAUUAAUAUACCUCUAAAUUUUUCCGUCGAUUCUGCAGAAUCAAAUAAUCAUGUACAACAGUUACAUAGUUCAGGAUCCGUAAUGAGCCGGUCUAUAAAUGAAGAAAGUUCAGAUAGCGGAGAACAUAAUUCAUCAGGGAAAAAGCUGCAGAACUUGAGUCUUGUGAAAUUAUUUAUGAAACAAAAAAGUAUGAGUGCAGAAGGAAUGAGUCUUACUUUCGAUCAGUCGGACUCUGUUAGCGAUAAUGGAUGGCCUACAAGCAAUAGCGCUAGUGAUAGUGGUACUAAUACAAAUACAAAUACCCAAAUACAACGGCAAAAUAUAAAUAAUACCUCGAAAUGUCAGGUACCGGGGGGCGAUUUUUCUAUCAAUUGGGUUAAAGGUGAUCUUCAUAAUAAUAAAGAAGUAGAAAAUCAGAAGGUCGUUUCUGAUGACAUUCCAAAGCAUUCGUCCGUAAUCGUCGAUCACAAAAAAGAUGAUAUGAUGUCAUCAGCAUCUGUAGAAGAAUUAUCAGAAAGCAUGUCGAGGUCGUCGGAUUUGACGCAUGACAAUGAUAAUAAUGUUCAGAACAGUUUUGACGUCAUUCCUAACGCGUUCGAUCAUCAACGAAAAUCAGCGUGUAUUCGAUCGUACGAAAAAAAGUAUUCAAUUUGUAAAACGACGGGCAUUCAGGCGAUAGCCGAAACAGAGGACAAUGGAGUACAGACAUCGUUAGUAUUUACAACAGCCGUCGCCGCCGCUGCCGCCGCCGCCACUGCGGAGAAAGAGAAAAAUCUACCUUUACGAGAAACAAUUGUUAAUAAGAAACCAGUAUACGUUGUAUAUCCGAAUUAUGCGUUACCUGAUUUAUCGUUUCUCAAUAUCAAAGACACGAGGUUAGAUAAUGUAGCCUUAAAACCGCAGUGCUAUGGUAAGAAUAGGGUUAGCUGGAAACAGCGUACUGGUAGAUCCGGUAGACCGUUUUCCUGUAACGACAUAGAUGCGUUGCGUCAACGUGGAUUCUCGCAUGUUAAAGAUUGGGAGUCGUUGACAUUCCUUCUGCCUGUCGAGUACAAGAAGAUUUUGCACGACGUACCAGAAGUGUCGAGACACAUCAACAUCAACGAAGAGGUGAAGAAACCAUUGUUCUGUCUGUCGCCCCCGAUGCGUCAUAAAUCUCGACCUGUAAGCGAAAUUAUACCAAAUAACUCAUCAUCUACAAGCAGCACCGCGACUCAACCAUCUUCCGGGUACCGAGGUUCUUCCACGAUAUUAACAGAUUCCUCGACGAACCAGCAAACGUCGAACAACGCGACUAAUCCACUAUAUCUUUACCGUUACGAUAGUAUUAGUUCCGAGGCCAGUCUAAUGAGUAACGAGAAAAAAGCGUACAAGCAGGUGAUUAGUAAAACCAAGACUGCGGCGGCGGUCUGUCCGUCUCUUCCGAAACGAUCUAUCUCAUUGCCACACGGAGAUCGCGAGUCCGACGUUUCUAACGGGAAAGUGCCACCAAGACCACCUUUACCUAGAAGUAUUUUAAGAAAAAACAAGGUUCCUGCGACCAAGAGGUACAGCAUGUUCGAGAUGGGCGAUGUGGAAGAAAUAGAGGAUCAAACACCUGAGGCGAAUAAGCGAAUGUCGUUGCAAGAGCCAUAUUACAUGAACAAUGAUCUGCAGCUGUUGUACCGUGGACGAAUCAUCGACUCGGAGAAAGACGUCGAUGAGACGGAAGAGAGAUACCACGAGAGGAUAAAUGAUGUAACAAGCACGGGAGAUAUAGAGACUGAAACUUCAGAACACAGCGAGGACGAUGUGAAACAGUUGGAGGACUAUCUGAAACGUAGUGGUUUCUCUUCGCAGAGUAGCGAUGGGGAUACAGAGGAUCCUGAUGUUAAAUUGAGAUCGUAUGUAAGAAAGUUUUUAGCUCUCAGAAUGAACAAAGAUGUUACCAAAACUACGGAUAUGUUAGAAUCGCAGAAAAAGACUGUCAGUUUUGCUGUAAACCAAAGGAAAACGUAUUUAGACAAUAAGACCAGUAACAUAAAUGCCGUUGCAAACGAGCAAACUAAAGAUUGUGCAUUUACGGAAGAGAGAAGGGAUACAAGUCCUGAGAAUAAACCGUUAGAUUUAGACGAGAAGAGAAAAAUGAUAUUAUCCACGAAUAAAGCGGUAGAUUUAUUGUUGAAAUAUUGGAACGGAGAAUCUAUUCAUAGUAGACAGAGUUAUGGUGAUAAAAAUGAGUGUGCUCAAAUCUGUCUUAGUAAUCUGUGUCCGGCAUUAUACGCCAUUAUGUCGGAUGGUUUGAAACCACAUUUAAAUUCUACAUUUGGACCAAUAACGAAUAGCGUUUGGCAGGUGGUAGAAGCGUCUUCGCAACAAGGGCCGGUUACUAAGACGUUGAACGAACUAGUACAAAAAAUCAACGGCGAGGAUAUCAUUACAGAAGGAAUGUUGAAAUUUCAUGCAUUUGUAUUUGGUUUAUUGAAUUUAAGAGCUUUAGACGCGUGGUUCGCAUAUCUAUGUACAAGGGAAUCAAUCUUGAGGAAACACUACAAUAAUAAUAGUUUAUUCGUGAACGCUUUGGCCAAUGCCAACGCACGAGAAGCCGUCGACGCUCUCCUCCACAUACUGAAUCCCCUUGCUUUUUGUCCAUUUCAGUUAGAUCUUCUGUAUCAAUAUCGCCAGCUUCACAAUAGUUUCGGAAACUUGAAUAAUCAUAAUAUAAGUGCCGUAAACUUUCGGAAUGUCGAUGCUACCCCGAAGGAACAACAUCAUUUCGACAAGACAGACAGUUGUGCAAUGGUUUCUAGUCCAAGGAAAGUACGGCCAAGAUCCUGCAUCGCUUACAGCAACUACGACGAUAAAUCUGGAACGCAUAAGUCAGAUAUGGAAACCGUGAAGAAACGUUUGUGCAAUCCAAUCGGGUCAAAAGUAUUUCGGGCUCUGGAUAAAUUGGCUUCCGAGGACUCUGAAGAUUACACCGACAGUUUAGAACACUCGCCGUUGAACAGGGCGUCGAACAAGCAUCGUCCUGUGACUCGUGUGAAAUCUCAUAGUCCAGUGAACAGAAGAAACGACGAAGACAACAUGUCCGGAGAGGCAAAGUUCCGAAAGCUUCGGGAGAAAUGGGAAUUGAUCGGCGGAAAGGAGGACGCAAAGAAUCAGCCAGCCACGUCGUCGUCGUCGUCGUCGUCGUCGUCGUCGUCGUCGUCGUCGUCGUCGUCGUCACCUUUGUCGCCGACGCGGACACCGACCAGUUUAGGGAAAUCAAAGAUUCCUAGGCUUCUAACGUCACCGGUGAAACAGCCGAAUACUACCGUGACAGGGCCAGCUAAGCAUACAAAAUCACCUGUCUCGGGGAUUCCAUCCUUGAAGAAACCGGUGAUGCUACCGACGACGAAAACCACACCAAAAAAGCCUGUAGAAUUAAGAAAUAAAGAAACAACAAAGCGUACGAGCAGAGUGGAUCAGGAAGCAGUGGGGACAACGCGAACGCAUUUAACGCGUCCCAGUUCUCUGCCCUAUAAAUCCUAUGGGGUAAUGUCUAAAGACAAACACUUGGUGUCCCCGCAAAGACGAGCAGCGUCAACAUCUUUACCACGACCAACUACUACAGCUGCUACCGCGAGAAAUCCACCCGCAAAAAAACCUCUAAAAGAGGUACGCACGAUCACACAGAAAAUUCCGUCAGAUAAUAAGAUGCUUCUCGCGUUCGGGGAGGGCGAGAAGCUGAGAGUGAUUCUAGAGGUAGAUAGCAAAUGGUUGUUAUGCGCGAGAGGUGAUCGAAAAGGUUUGGUUCCGCGAAGGUGUGUGUAUAAUAUUCAGACUUAGCCCCGCACGUAAUGUCGGCUUAAAAAAUAUACAGUAUAAGGUGAAAAAGUUUCAAAGAGACUCGGAAACGUAACCACAAACAAGGAUUAAUAUAUAUUCGACGAAGUGAUGAAGAAGCAGUGUACAGUGUAACAAAGGAAAGGCAUAAGAAUUGUUUCUAAACUAUCGCAUAGUAAUUGUUAUUAUCCAUAA